AUGGAAUCAUCAGCCCGCAUACGACAAAAGACCGAAAGAUUAGAAUCAGAGGUACUUCAGGAGUACAAGCGCUUAAAUGACAUCCUCAAUCGAAUGUCCGACACUGCGCAAGAUCUCACCACUAUGGCCCCAUCACUCCUUGAAGGCUUCUUACCUCUAGAGCGAAAGAUGGGUCUAGUUCUAACGCUUUUCAAGGCUUCCGUUUGGUCUGUUCUUGUCGAUAAACAACGCAAGUUGGAGGCCAAGCAAGCGGAACAAGCUGAUGCAUCACACGCGGAACGAUCGUGA